AGUCCAGAAGGUGAAUAACCAGUUGGUUAUUUGUCCGCGGGUUCUGACAGCAAACAGACACCUCUUUAGUUGAGAUAAUAUGGAAAGUCAAGUUUGUUGCGUGAGAAAAGGACACCUUUAGGGAUGAGAUUCUCGAUUUUCACAACACUCGAUGUUUUUCACUUCUCACAAGUCAGCAGAAUGCCUUCUCCUGUCUAUAAUAGUCGUGGUUCAGAUAUCAAGACUUGGCAAGCUGUCGUGUUCCUCCCAGCCCAUUUUUUUUUUUCAAAUUCCGCGAUCGUGUCGUAGGUUAAAUUGUUAUUUUUAUUCAUGGGAAAAAGACAAAGAAAUUACUCACAAGAAGAAUGGACAAGGAAGAGAGUAUCAGAUCAGUUUCACUCAGAGUCAUGGAGAGAGCGUUUUGUUUAAGCCAGCCCAGAUUUUUCAACCUAACGAGCAAAACAGCACAAAAAAGCAACGAGAUCCAGGUGGUCCCUGAUCAUCAUUAUUAGUAAACAGCCAAACAAACGUCGUCACCCCUCAAGAUGUACAUUGCUAUUUCCCAUAAUCCGUUAGACCCUUCAGGCCUCAGUGGCGGUUUCGGGGUUAUGCUGCCCUACGAUGC